AGAGAGGGCGAGACUGCUCACGUGACCCAACAAGAUGGCGACCACAAUGCAGAAUGGAUGUGAAUGAUUUAAACUAAGUGGGUCCGUUUUGCGAGAAAUUUGGAUCUGCUGGUUAGUUGUUCAUCAUCAUCAUCAUCAUAUCACAGAAUCAAGAUGGCCCUAAAUGUCUUUGAUCAUGAUGAAUACAGGCCGCCAGUGUGGAAGUCUUAUUUGUACCAGCUCCAGCAGGAGGCGCCUCACCCACGCAGACUCACCUGCACCAGCGAGGUGGACAACCGACCUAAAUACUAUGGAAGAGAGUACCACGGGAUGAUCUCAAGAGAAGAGGCCGACCAGUUGCUGAGUCAGGCCGAAGGCAGCUACCUCAUCAGAGAGAGCCAGAGACAGCCGGGCACGUACACACUAGCUCUGAGGUUUGGGAACCAGACGAGAAACUUCCGUCUCUACCACGAUGGAAAGCACUUUGUUGGAGAGAAGAGGUUCGAGUCCAUCCAUGACCUGGUCACAGACGGCCUCAUCACGCUAUACAUUGAGACAAAGGCAGCGGAGUACAUCGCUAAGAUGACCAUAAACCCCAUCUAUGAGCAUGUGGGCUACACCACCCUGAACCAGGAGCCCACCCUGAAAAAACACCUGCCACAAAGCCCCGAGGCCCCGGACGGACCUGCUCCGGCCAAAGACGACCGUAACACUGAGGAGAGGCUCACAUCGCUGGUGCGGCGGGCCACCCUGAGGGAGAGCGACUUGGCGCCCAAGUAUGAGAAGGUUCACAACUUCAAGGUUCAUACAUUCAGAGGCCCCCACUGGUGUGAGUACUGUGCCAACUUCAUGUGGGGUCUCAUCGCUCAGGGAGUCAAGUGUGCAGACUGUGGGUUGAACGUCCAUAAGCAGUGCUCCAAAGUCGUGCCCAACGACUGCCAGCCAGACCUGCGACACGUCAAGAAGGUGUACAGCUGCGACCUGACCACACUAGUCAAAGCCCACAACACCAAGAGGCCCAUGGUGGUCGACAUGUGCAUACAGGAAAUCGAGGCCAGAGGUCUCCAGUCGGAGGGUUUGUACAGAAUAUCCGGCUUCAGUGAGCUGAUUGAAGAUGUCAAGCUGGCCUUUGACAGAGAUGGAGAGAAGGCGGACAUCUCCUCAAAUGCUUACGAGGACCUCAACAUCAUCACCGGAGCCCUCAAACUCUACUUCAGAGAGCUGCCUAUUCCCCUCAUCACAUACGAUGCCUACCCACGCUUCAUAGAAUCAGGAAAGAUUGCAGACCCUGAAAAACGUCUGGAGUCUCUCCACGAGGCGUUGAAGCUGCUGCCGCCUGCUCACUGCGAGACGCUGCGAUACCUCAUGGCUCACCUCAAGAGAGUGACCCAGUACGAGAAGGAGAACCUCAUGUCCAGCGAGAACUUGGGUAUUGUCUUCGGUCCUACGCUGAUGAGGGCCCCCGGGCUGGACGCCAUGACGGCGCUCAACGACAUCCGAUACCAGAGACUCGUAGUGGAAUCACUCAUCACCAACGAAGACGUGUUGUUCUGAGAAGAAAGGAGGAAAAAACAACUCUUCAAAUGAGGAGAGGAAGGACAGACAGAAUGGGGAAUCUUGCUGUGAAAACAUGGAACAAAAACUGUUUUGAGGGAACAACGAAGGACUAUUUGCAAAGGAAUUGACUGAAAAAAGGAAAGUGGAGAAGAAGUAGAUGGAAGGCUGCAGUGUUUCCCUACAUUUUAAAGCUAAAACUCAAUCAGAAGACCGAAAGCUUCCGCAGAAGAUCCAAAAUGUGUAAAUUAAGGACUAUUGAGCCAUUACGGGAUAGAAAUAAACAAUUAUGAUCAUUCUUGAUGAGCUGGGAGAAAAGAGAUAAUUGUUAACACAGCAUUGGAGCAACACUACUCUGUCCAUGUAGGAGAAACACUGAAUGAUCCACCUUUAUGUUAUAUUUUUUCUUAAAUGGAUGCCUUGACAGGUCAUUUUUUAGUUUUUAGUUUUCCAUCGUGUCAAGUUAUCCAUUUAAGAAACUCUGACGAUGUAACAUUAGACAGCUGGAUGAAUGAAUGAAAGGAAAAAGGGAAACUCACUCACAACACGCACUCAUUCCUCUGAAUGCAACUUAAGUGACUUGGACCUAUUGUGUUUUCAUUCCUCUUUAAAAACUCUUUAUUUUACAGCUCCCUCUUCUCUUCCAGUGACAGAAAUGUAAUUAUACAGUCAUUUUACACUAAGUAGUUUUUUUUUUUUAGUUAACAUAGAAGAAAAUGCAGAGUUACCCCUUCUUGUGUGUCAUAUUUUAAGCUUUUGUUGCUGGAUAAUUAAGUUAGGACAGAUGGAGCUGUACAUUAAACAGUUUAACAUUUUUUUCCUCACGAUCCCCAAAGCAAUCCGGUGUUUGCUCUCUUCUCCACCUACCUGCUUUGCCUCUAAAGGUAAAAAAAUUCAAGAGUUAAAUGGAGUCUAGUUAAUUUGGCAAUGUCGAUUUUAGGGCUGUUUCUGGUUAAAAGAAAUGGAUCUUUCUGUAGGGAUCCUUUCCAUAAUGUAGUCAGACACUUAU